GAAGAGACGUGGCAGCGGAGGGAUAAUCGGAGCGGCUGGAGCUGGAGAGCAGAGCGGAGCUCGGCUGAGCGCGGCGUCUGCCCUUCCGCUCUUUGGGUCAGAGCUCGUGCCCGUCGGGACCGGGGCCGCACCCGAUCAGUAACCUGCAGAGGGGGUCGACCAUGGGGCUUUGCAAGUGCCCCAAGAGGAAGGUGACCAACCUGUUCUGCUUUGAGCACCGGGUCAACGUCUGUGAGCACUGCCUGGUGGCCAAUCACGCCAAGUGUAUCGUCCAGUCCUACCUGCAGUGGCUCCAAGACAGUGAUUACGACCCCAAUUGUCGACUGUGCAACAUACCCCUGGCCAACAGGGAGACUACUCGCCUCGUCUGUUAUGAUCUCUUCCACUGGGCCUGCCUCAAUGACCGUGCUGCCCAGCUACCCCGAAACACAGCACCCGCUGGCUACCAGUGCCCCAGCUGCAAUGGCCCCAUCUUCCCCCCUAACAACCUGGCUGGUCCUGUGGCUUCUGCGCUAAGAGAAAAGCUAGCGACAGUCAACUGGGCUCGGGCAGGACUGGGCCUUCCUCUGAUCGAUGAGGCAGUGAGCCCAGAGCCCGAGCUCCUCAACACCUCGGACUUCUCUGACUGGUCCAGCUUUACUGCCAACAGCAACCCCGAACAAGAGGAGGUGGCCAGCGCCUCUGCUGCCCCCGCCUUCUACAACCAAGUCCCUCAGCCCCCGCCCUCCCCGAGCCGGCCUGAGCAGCACAUGGUGAUCCACAUGGGCAACGCUGAGCCCUUGACUCACGCCUCGGCCCCGAGGAAGGUGUACGACACGCGGGAUGAUGACCGGGCGACGGGCCUCCACGGGGAUUGCGAUGAUGACAAGUACCGUCGCCGGCCGGCCCUUGGCUGGCUGGCCCAGCUGCUCAGGAGCCGGGCUGGGGCUCGUAAGCGUCCGCUGACUCUGCUUCAGCGGGCGGGGCUGCUGCUGCUGCUGGGGCUGCUGGGCUUCUUGGCCCUCCUUGCCCUCAUGUCUCGUCUGGGCCGGGCUGCGGCUGACAGCGAUCCCAAUCUGGACCCGCUCAUGAACCCUCACAUCCGCGUGGGCCCCUCCUGAGGCCCUGCUUUUGGCUGGACAGCCAAGGACCUAGGGGCCUGAGGAGGGGAGGUGGGGAAACUGGGGGCCCUGCUUCGCUGAUCUUUCUCCUCCCAACCUGAGACACUAAGAUCCCAGACCUAAAGCCGAGUCCCCCAGAGUGGAUGCAGGCUGGGCCCGGGGUCCCUGCGGAUCAAGCGUCUGUCUUGACUGGCAUUCCCCGAGUCUCCAGCCUCCCAUCUCCCCACCCCACGAGGGAGCUGACAGGUGGAAAUAAACAACAGACUUUAUUAAAACCCCAAAGCAGCCUUUUCCUUCCCCCUUCUCAGUCCAGUCUCCAGGCCUCAGUGCCUCUCCUCCCGGUACUGGAUGGACAGAAAGUCCAGGGCCAGGCGCUUGAAGAACAUGGUUCCGUUGAGCACUGGGCAGAAGAGAGAGCCCCCAUCAGCCUUCUCUGUGCCCCUCCCUACUCCUGGGCCCAAGCUCUCCCUACCCCUGGGCACACCUCCGCUCCCUCACUUACUCAAAAUGAUUAGGGCAAAGCAGCGCAUAAACUUGUUUUCUCUCAUCUCAGCAUAGAGUGACCCCAUGGCGGCCCAGCAGAUGCUCAUCACCUGGGAGAACUGUAGGCCCCAUCUGGUGGGAGAGUGGCCCCCUGGCACAACAGUGGGGUUUCCAUCAGCCCCUGGGUACCCCCCGCGCAGCCCUUGAGCCCCUGGCUGGGCCUACCAUCAGAACAGUGGUGUAGCGGAAGCUCAUGCGGUCAUAGUGGUAGGUGAUGCAGAAGUUGUGCACGUCGCUGGCAAAGACGGCCAGGUGUAUAAGGAAGAGCAUCAUCGAGGCCAAGGUGAGCAUCAUGCCAUGUGGCAAGAAGAGCACGGCCACACGGUCCCGCCACCGCAUCCUGGCGGCCACACAGCCUUAGUCCAGCCUGCGGAGCUACCCAGGAAGCGCUGCUAACCCCACCAGCUCUAGAGUCAGUCUGGAAGAGCAGUGGGGUUCUAGCGGCAGGGGGACAUUGAAAGGGACAGAUUCUAGAACACAGGCUGGUUCCAGCCAGGACAGGAGUGUUUCAUGGGGGGGCGGGGGGCUCAGAGUUGUGGAGGGCUGGGAGGCUAAAGGCACAGAACAGCGAGGGCCUAUCAUGUUCGAAGAGACAGCAUCCCUCAUCACCCCAUCCCCAUGCUUACUCUUUCUGUGGCUCCUCACUGCGUCCUCAGUGGCUCCACAGAGGAGGUGGUGUGAGCACAUCGUACAGAUGAACUGGGGCUCAGGAAAGUUGGGGGCAUGUUCUAGGUCCACAGCAAGCCUUAGGCACAUGGAUGAUUAGGACCCAGGUGUGUCGCUGGAGGGUGGCCUUGGCGGCAAGAUCCCAGUUCCAAAUAACUGCUCCCCCGCAAGAUGGGGGGAGCCAGGGGAAGAGAAGGGACCACUGAUUCCCAGAAGCUCUCCGGGUCAGCUUGGAGACUGGCUUCCUAUCCUCUCCCUAGAUGGCCCAGAACCUGAUGCCAAAGGCUUUUUCCCUCUCUGCCACCUGCUGGCACUGAGAGUUUUCACACUCAUCACCUCAGUCACUUUGAAUCCCAUGAGGAAGCUGGGGCCGGUAGCAUAAAUCCCAUUUUACACCUGCGUCUGAGCAUGGAGAGAGGCUGUCAUCAGCUUGGGCUUUCACAGCCCUGAGUGAGUACUGUGGAGAGCUGAUUCUACCUGAGGCUGUGGGGUGGGCAGGGACAGAUGCAGCCAAGAAAAAACACUUUCUCCAUACAUGGAAGAGGUGAAAAGUGCAGGGCUGUGACAAGAUAAGCCAGGAGAAUGGCUAGAAAUGAUGGGGAGGGACAUGCAAACUUCUAGGAACUAAAGUGGAAGAGGAAGUGGGACUUGACAUUGAACUUGGACACCUCCAUUGCUUCCCUCCCCAUGGUCCAUCCUGGAAGUUAAGUCCAGGUUAGGUCAAGACCUAAGUCGCCCACCUCAAAAAACAGUAUCUCCCAGUGUCACAGAUCCCAGCAGCCCCUGUGAAUCCCAGGGCAAGUGAGGGUUCGUUAGGCAGGUUCAGGAACAGCACAGGCAGGGACUUCGGGAGAGUUAAAAGUGGCUUCUGAGAUAACGGCAGAGAAAUUAAGGAGGGCUAAUGAGGGCAGUCAAUUUUAAGGCUAAAAUUUGAUGCUAAUCGGGACUAAAUUUUAGGAGACCUUGGACAGGGGAGGUAAAAAGAGAAACUCUAAGAUAAGAGCUGGGAAAAUGGGCACAUCUGUCCAGAGGAGUAUAGCCACUAGGAGGAAGAGCCAAUCACAAAAUAGGGUGAUGAGAUUUUAGAAUAGAGAAAAAAAGGUUUAAAUGUCCCCUAGACAUGGGCCCAUGAUGGCAUCUUUUGCCCCACCUUGGCAAUGCUGCCUUGAAGUCUUUGCUUUUGUUCUUUUUCCUCUAAAUAAACUUUCUUUCUUGAAUAAAGUUUGCUUAUCUCUGCUUACUUAUCUAAAAAGUCUAUGAAUUCAUUUUUAUGGCUUUGUGGGACAAGAACCUGUGGUGGUUCAAGAGCUAAAUUAACAGCGCACACUAGCUGUUAAUAUUGUCAGUAUAAUUUUAA